AAGGACAAGUGGUUGUUCUGAAUCACCCUGUAUAGCUUCUUUAGAUAACGUUAUCGCUGACGCGGAAUCUCGCAUCGCGGUGCCCGAUACUGAGUGGUCCCUAUCCAACACGGCUUUCCAGCAGGUGGCUAGUUCUUUCGGUCCAUUCGACGUAGAUUUGUUUGCAUCUUUGCUUAAUGCCAAAUGCGAUGCCUACGUCUCAUGGUUUCCGGACCCAGGAUCAAUAACAAUAGACGCGUUUACCCUCUCAUGGGAGAGACAGGACUUCUAUGCCUUUCCACCUUUUAUUUUAUUACCACGCGUGUUAAGAAAAAUAGUAGAUGAGGGGGCAACAGGGACCCUGGUGGUCCCCUGCUGGCCUUCUCAGACUUGGUUCCCACUAUUCCUACGACUCCUGAUAGCAGAGCCGGUAACUUUACCUCCUAGUUAUUCCCUACUUUCUUCUCCUUUCAGGACCCACCAUCCGGCAUGGAGGUCACUUUCCCUGGUGGUCGGGAAGUUAUCGGGGAAGCCUUCAAGACCCGCCUAGUACCAGCAAUCGCCAUACCGACAAUGUUAGCUUCUCUAUCUGAGUCAACUAUAAAGCAAUACUCGCGGCCUCUUCGUCUUUGGUGGAAUCACUGCCAGCGCCAUCGCCUACCUCUUUACUCUCCUACGGUUUCUCAGACGUUGGAAUUCCUGGUUCAGGAAAUCCAUGAGUCGAAUUCCACCCUAUCCUAUUCGACUUUGAAUACGAUGAGAUCCGCUAUCUCCCUGAUCUCCCAGAACGAGAUCGGCCAGCACCCCACUAUAAGACAUUUCUGCAAGGGCUUCGCUACGCUCAAACCGCCGCGACCUCGUUAUGAUUACGUGUGGGAUCCGGCUCCCGUGAUCGCUAAACUGUCCUCCAUUUAUCCAUACGACUCAUUCACUUUAAUUGUUAUUACUAAGAAAUUAGUACUUCUGCUCGCUUUAGCCACGGGCCAACGUGCCCAAACGCUUGCGUCCCUAAGAUUGUCACAAAUAUCAGUUAGGGAAAAGAUGAUCAUGCGUAUACCUGAUUGGAUCAAAACGUCAGCACCGGGUCGCGCUCAACCUUUCUUUUGCUUUUCACGCUUUACGGAUCACGAAAAUCUUUGUAUCGUUCGUCUGGUAGAACAUUACUUAACUAUAACCAGGGUUGGGAAGUAA